AACAAUCGUGAAAUCAGGCGGGAUAUCAAAGUCUUGAAGAAUUACUCAUUGAAAGGAAGCCAACAAGCAUAAGAGUUAGACUUGUUGGAGCUGUUAAGAAGUUACGGGACUUAAACAACCAAGUUCACCCGUUUCUCUUUUUACACGUGGACAAACAGGGCAGCUGCAAUGUGGAUUCAAGUGCGAACAAUGGAUGGCAAAGUGACCCACAGGGUCGAUUCGCUCUCCAAACUCACCAAAGUGGACGAGCUGCGCCUGAAGAUUUCGGAGCUAUUUAAGGUGGAGCCGGAGAGACAGAGGUUGUUCUACCGUGGCAAGCAGAUGGAGGAUGGACACACAAUAUUUGACUACAACGUGGGCCUUAAUGACAUUGUGCAGUUGCUAAUUAGACAGAACAUGCCCCGUGUUGAAAUGACCAAAAACAAAGACAAAGAAGCAGAGCUUUCUGACUCUGAUUCUGGCUGCGGCUCAACCCAGAGUGAGUCUGACAAGAGUUCGACUCAUGGUGAGAUGGAAGUUCAGACCGCUGGUACCUCUGUCCAAGUAAGCCCCUCACAGGUCUUGGAACCCGGAUUCGGAUUUUACAAGGUCAAUGAAAUGGUGGAUGCGAGGGACUUGAAUAUGGGGGCUUGGUUUGAGGCCCAGAUCGUGAAUGUCACCAGGAGCCCCAAGACUCCCAAAGUGGCUGUUGUUGAUGUUGAGCAUGAAGAAGAGGAGAUACUGUACCACGUGAAAUAUGAAGAUUAUCCAGAGAAUGGCGUGAUCCCUCUUCUGGCUAAGGAUGUUCGCCCGAGGGCCCGGACUGUGUACCAGUGGCACCAGUUGGAGCCUGGUAUGAUUGUUAUGCUCAACUACAACCCAGAUGAUCCCAAGGAGCGUGGCUACUGGUAUGAUGCUGAGAUCCAGAGGAAAAGGGAAACACGCACCCUGCGGGAGAUUUACGCAAAGAUUAUUCUUGGAGAUGCAGGGGACUCUCUCAACGAUUGCCGGAUUAUGUUUGUGACCGAAAUUUAUAAAAUUGAGGAGCCUGGUUCACAAAGUGAUAUGCCGGCUGGAUCUGAGAGCCCACUGAAAAGAUCAAAUGGACCUGAGUGCAAGCAGUGCAAGGAUGACCCCGAUAAAAUCUGCCGCUGGUGUAACUGUAACAUUUGCGGCAUCAAGCAAGAUCCUGACAAACAGCUUCUGUGUGACGAAUGUGACCUGGCCUAUCACACAUACUGCCUGAACCCACCGCUCACUGCCAUCCCAGAGGAUGAAGAUUGGUAUUGCCCAAAUUGCCGCAAUGACUCCAAUGAGGUUGUCCGUGCUGGAGAGAAGCUGAAAGAGAGUAAGAAGAAAGCUAAAAUGGCUUCUGCCAGCUCUUCAAGCCAGAGGGAUUGGGGCAAGGGAAUGGCCUGCGUUGGGCGAACCAAGCAGUGUACCAUUGUCCCAUCAAACCACUAUGGCCCUAUCCCUGGUGUUCCUGUUGGCUCAUUGUGGAAGUUUAGAGUGCAGGUGAGCGAGUCUGGCGUCCACAGGCCACACGUAGCUGGGAUCCACGGCAGAAACAAUGAUGGGGCCUACUCUCUGGUCUUGGCAGGAGGCUAUGAAGAUGAUGUGGAUGAUGGGAAUGAGUUUACUUACACCGGUUCUGGAGGUCGAGAUCUGUCUGGGAAUAAGAGGACUGCUGAGCAAUCAUGUGAUCAGACACUUACUCACAUGAACCGUGCACUUGCUCUUAACUGCAAUGUUCCUGUGAACGACAAAAAUGGUGCUCAGGCAAAGAACUGGAAGGAUGGGAAGCCAGUUCGAGUGGUUCGCAGCUGGAAAGGACGAAAGCACAGUAAAUACUGCCCUGAGGAAGGAAACAGAUAUGAUGGGAUAUACAAAAUCGUGAAGUACUGGCCCGCUAAAGGCAAAUCUGGCUUCUUGGUUUGGCGCUACCUCCUUAAGCGGGAUGAUGAUGAGCCAGCACCAUGGACCAGAGAUGGCAAGGAACGUAUCAAGAAACUUGGUCUUGCAUUGCAGUAUCCUGCCGGUUAUCAGAAGGAGAAAGAGAACAAAAAUGAAGUGGAAGAGGAGGAAACACCCAGCAAGGCAAAGAGAAAGAGAGAGUCCCAGAGCAUUGAAUCCACCAAGAAUUCACCAGCCAAGAGUCCCAAGAAGGUGAAAGUGGAAGUAUAUAAGCUGUCUGGAGAGCAGAAGGCACUCAUUAAGGAUGACACGCAAAACAAGAAAGUGUGGGAUGAAGCCAUGGAGUCACUGUCACUCGGCCCGAAAUUUCUGAACAAAGUUGAAGAAGUUUUCCUCUGCAUUUGCUGCCAAGAAGUAGUCUAUCGGCCCAUCACCACUGAGUGCCAUCACAAUGUCUGCAAGGAAUGCCUUCAGCGAUCCUUCAGGGCAGAUGUGUACACCUGCCCGGCCUGCAGACAUGACUUGGGCAAAAACUACUCCAUGACUGUCAACAAGUCUCUGCAAGAGAUCCUGAAUCAAUUUUUCCCAGGUUAUAGCAAUGGCCGAUGAUUAAGAGCUUCUGCAACUCAGCCAUGGUAGAAACAAUGCAAAGUGUAAGGGCAAUUGUCGUUUAGAGGCUAUAAAGAAUUCGUUUCUCCUAAUAUAUUCUCAUGAAUUAUAAAUCUACCGUUCUUGUGGACUUCAGUGCUCAUCUGUCUUCCAUGAUGGUUCUUCAAUGAUGUGUUAGUUAUGAUAAAUUGUUUUUUUUUUGUUUCUUACUGCCUGUAUUCUUUAUGACGUUGCAACCAUGAAAUGUGAUUUUUACAGUUUUUGGUCUAUUUACUAAUACUUGUUAACUCCACCGAGAAAGAAGUGUCAAACAUUUGUUUUGUGUGGUUUUGAUUGAUUGCUCCUGAAGAGGAUGUUCAACAUCUUAAGCUAUGUCCCCAAAUCAGCUUUUUUUUGUUUCAAUUACAACAAGAGUAAUUUUACAGUCAUGAAAUUCAACUAGAUGGUGCACAUUAAACCAUCAGUUAGACAUCGUU